AUGUUCAUCAGUAAAUCCACAAUCGGCCAGUAUUCUAUGGAAGAUCCACUCCACCCUCAGCUCCUUGCACUUACCAGCCUCGUAGCUCUACUUCUCAUGCUAUGGACUGCGACCCGGUCUCGAUCUCGAUCUCAAACUCGUGAGGGUGAUAGGUCCAAUCUACCUCCUGUAGUCCUGGGGGCAUGGCCCAUCAUAGGCCACCUGCACCUCCUGCGCAACCCGGUCCCACUGGCCCAGACCCUGGCCUCAAUGUCUGAUCGCUAUGGGCCGGUCUUCCUGAUCCGGCUUGGAGUCCAUCCAGCCGUGGUCAUCAACACACAUGAAUCUGUGCGCGAGUGCUUCACCACCAACGACCGGACCCUGGCUUCGCGGCCCAGGUCCAAAGCUGGUAUCCACCUGGGUUACAACUAUGCGUCCUUCGGGUUCAGCCGAUAUGGCCUGUACUGGCGCGAGAUGAGGAAGCUGACCAUGCUCGAGCUCCUGAGUUCACGACGGCUCGAGGCCUUAAGGCAUGUGCAGGUCUCUGAGAUCAACACCAUGAUCAAGGGACUCCACGACGUGGUAGCAACAACUUCUGAUGGUCAUGACGAGCCUAUUGCUAUUAGCGAAAAGAAGCCCAUGAUCAUCAGUCAGUGGCUCGAACACAUGACCCUGAAUGUUAUCACAAGGAUGAUAGUGGGGAAGAGGUAUUUUGGGUCUCAAGACAGCGGAAUAAGUGUCGAAGGAGAGGCAUCUCAUGUGAGGAGGGUGAUCAAAGAGUUCCUGCUCUUCUCCGGGUUCCCUGCAAUUUCUGACCUCAUCCCGUACACCGGGUGGACAGACUGGGUGGGGACAGUGAGGUCGAUGAAGAGGAUUGCCAGAGAAAUGGACGCAAUAGUUGGGAGUUGGGUUGAAGAGCAUGAACAGAGAAGAGUCAUCAGUGGUGAUAGAAGAAGAAAAGAGGACUUGGACUUCAUUGAUGUGAUGCUUUCGGUCAUUGAGGAUAAUUCCAUGUUAGGCUUUAGCAGGGAGACCAUCAUCAAGGCAACAGCUGUGAACAUGAUAGUAGCAGGAUCCGACUCAACAUCGCUGAACAUAACGUGGAUCCUGUCACUCCUGCUGAACCACAAACAUGUACUAGACAAAGCUCAGGAAGAGCUUGACCUCCAAGUUGGCAGAGACAGAUGGGUCCGAGAUUCAGACAUUGCAAACCUCCCUUACCUUCAAGCCAUCGUCAAGGAAACCUUGCGCCUGUAUCCGACGGGCCCCCUCUCAUUCCCCCAUGAAGGCGACGAGGACUGCACCGUGAGCGGGUAUCUCAUCCCCAAGGGCACUCGGAUAUUCGUCAAUGUGUGGAAGUUGCAUAGAGACCCCAGGGUCUGGACCGACCCCGAGACUUUCCUGCCGGAACGGUUCCUAUCAGCUGGCCACGCAGCUAGCAUUGAUGCUUACGGGCAGCAUUUUGAGUUCAUCCCUUUUGGCUCGGGCAGGAGAGUCUGCCCUGGAGCUGCAUUCGCCCUUCAGGUGACACAUCUGGCACUGGCUCGACUGCUUCAAGGGUUCGAUAUGACAACACCAGGGAAUGUUCCGGUAGACAUGACUGAAGGUCAAGCAGUAACCUUGCUGAAGGAGAAGCCGGUAGAAGUUUUCCUCGCACCUCGUUUGCCGGCCAAGCUAUUCGAAGAAUUGACUUGAAUUAGCACUCAGGCCCGUCUCAUCGUAAGCAAGUUUGCACUAUAAGCCCGUGUUUAUAUCAGCUUGAGUUUGCAUGUACCCUUAAAUGUUUGUAUAUUUGGGUGUGUAUGAUCAUACAUUAAGAGCAUAACCAAAUUAUAAAUCUGGUCUCCAAAAAGAAAAACGAAAAACAAAAGUUGAUGUCGGGAUCUCCUGUGAUCCCCUUGGCAAAAAAUCUCUUAUAUCAUCUCUACGAUAAACAUAAAAUUUCCUUGUUCUUUCCC